AUGCAGCUGAAAUUCGGACUACUUACGCAUGCAAAAAAAUUCCUAACAAUCACUGAACUAACUGAUACAUACGUUCCAUCGACAGUUAUUUGGCGGUAUACGCGAGAGUGUUGUAUAUUUAAAUUACUUAACAAGGCACCUCGCGUUCGGAAUAUCAAUAUACUUUUUGCAUUUCGUUGUCUAAUUGCUGAUAUACUCAAUCAGCUCAAAGGAACACAAAAAAAGUCUCUCAACAGAAAAUUUCAAAUGUAUUGUGGUCAAGCAAAAGGAAAAGAUGAGCUAAAAACAUUAUUAGCCAGUAUUAGAGAAUUUAUUUCAAUGAAUUCAUUUUUAUCGACAAGUAAAAAUCGAGACGUAGCAAUUUCAUUUGCUAAAUCUGGAGAAGAAUCUCCAGCGAUUCUAUUUGAAAUUGAUAUUGAUACAUGUCAGUUGACAAAACCGUUUGCUGAUAUAACCAACAUGAGUUAUUUUCAGACUAAAGAAGAAGUACUUUUUAUGCUUAUAUCAUAUUUCGAAUAA